AAAGAGUCAUUAGUGUAACUGUCCGAGCUGAGGUCCUGCUCUCUCUCUCUCGCUCUCUCUCUCUCUGUGUCUGUGUGUUAUAUUUAUGUAUAUACUGUGUGUGUGUGAGUGUGUUUAUACAGUGUGUGAGUGUGGGGGGUCGGAAGAGAACGACCAGACCGUAGAAGAAGAAUCUGGUCCGCUAUGGGAGCUGUUCUGGGAGCCUUCUCAUUGGCCAGCUGGGUGCCGUGUCUGUGCAGCAGCGCCACCUGUCUGCUGUGCAGCUGCUGUCCGAGCACCAGGAACUCCACGGUGACCAGGAUCGUGUACGCCUCCAUCCUGCUGCUGGGGACCAUCGUGGCCUGCAUCAUGCUGUCGCCGGGCGUGGACCGCCAGCUGAGGAGGAUCCCCGGGUUCUGUGAGGGCGGCGCCGGCUCUAACGUCCCCGGCCUGCAGGCUGACGUGAACUGUGACAUGUUUGUGGGUUAUAAGGCCGUGUACCGCGUCUGCUUCGCCAUGGCUUUGUGGUUCCUCGCCUUCUGCGUUCUCAUGAUCAACAUCAAGAACAGCAGAGACCCCCGAGCGGUGGUCCACAACGGGUUCUGGUUCUUUAAGUUUGCAGCUCUGGUGGGGAUAACAGUCGGAGCCUUUUACAUCCCUGACGCUCCGUUCACCUACACCUGGUUCAUCAUCGGCUGUGGGGGGGCGUUCUGUUUCAUCCUCAUCCAGCUGGUUCUGCUGGUCGACUUUGCUCACUCCUGGAACGAGUCCUGGGUCAGCAACAUGGAGACGGGCAGCUCGCGGGUCUGGUACUCAGCUCUGCUGGUGGUCACUCUCCUGAACUACAUCCUGUCCUUAGCGGCCGUCGUUCUCUUAUUCGUGUUCUACACGAAGCCUGACGGAUGUUUCAUCAACAAGUUCUUCAUCAGCUUCAACAUGUUGUUCUGCAUCAUCGCCUCAGGCGUCUCUGUGCUGCAAAAAGUCCAGGAGUCUCAGCCUCGCUCAGGUCUGCUGCAGUCCUCCAUCAUCACCCUGUACACCAUGUUUCUCACCUGGUCGGCCAUGACCAACGAGCCAGACCGGGAGUGUAACCCCAACCUCCUGAGUAUCUUCCAGCAAAUAGCGGCCCCCACCCCGCCCCCCCUGGAGAUAGAGAACCAGACCUCGGUGCUGAUUAUCGGCACAGAGGAACCCGUCCUGAGCGCCCCCUACCUGCAGUGGUGGGAUGCGCAGAGCAUCGUGGGACUGGCUAUCUUUGUGCUCUGUAUCAUCUACUCCAG